AUAUAUAUAUUUUAGUUGCAAUUUGAAACAUAAAUUAAUAAAUUGAAUGGAAACAUUUUUCUCAUGCAAAAUUUAUAUAAUAUUAUAUUCUUUUUUAAUGGUGAAGAACUGGUUAAGUAGGACAAGGUAUACUACACACUGUGUCUUUGUGUGUUACUGCAGGCAACACGGACAAAGAGGAGGAUCCAUACACUUAUACUAUGUAUAAUAAUUAAUACUAAAUAAUUGAAUUGGCUAAAUAAUAGCUAGUAUAUAAUAAUUAUUAUUCCCAAAUGCGUGAUCGAAUGUCAUGAUAAUAUUGUAAAUAAUACUUAUAUUAUAUAUAAAUAUGUGUGUAUGUUGGUGCCUAUUGAAAACUAUAUACACACAUAUUUGUGUGUAAAAAGAAUUCAUACUUGUAUUCUGUAUCUGGAUGUACUACAAUGCCUUGAUACGAAAUCAAUGUCAAAGAAAAGCAUUGCACAUACCAGGGUAUACUGAAUGCUAUCAUUAAAAUUAUUAUGAAGAAGUAUUACAAGAAAAUUUAGUUAGUGACGCAGGCUAUGAAAUGCUUACUUGAAUAUCCAGAUUCUUUUGAUGAUUAUAAGCAAUCGUUAUAAUAUAUCUUUCGAAUAUUAAAUUUUUUGUUAUAAUUAUCAGCAUAACGUGACGUGAUCACUUCAAUUUAUACGUUAUAAUCGAAGUCGCUAACAUAGCACUAAUAGUAAAAAGCUGUUAUGUUUAUUGACAAAUUACAGCCUAUUUAAAACAUUUUAAAAUUCAUCAAAUAGCAAAGAAAUUAUGCACAUACUUUUGGUGUGAGCAUAUGCUAUUGUACAUAAAAUUGUAAUGUUUUAUUGAGAUAUUUACCAGAUAAAGGUUCUUAUUUCAAUUAUAUUUUAUGUGGUAUAAUGUAUAAGUUUACUAUUUAAAUGGGCCGUUACUUGUAAUAUAAGUACUAUUUGGAUCUGUAUUAUACAUGUUAUUUAAUAAUUAGGUGUAUAUUUGCUUAUUAUUUAGAAACUAUGCUUAUGACAAAUUAUAAGGGGAAUUACAAGUGACAGAUUCUAUAUCAUUACGAUUGCAAUAAAAAUAUCUUCAUAAUAAUAAAUAACAAAGUAAGCAGCGAUGACACCAACAGAAGAAAUAUUGAAAAUUCCAACAAAAAUGUUUAUGAGUUAUAUUUGCAUAAAACUUGUUUCAGUUUGCAUGUAAUAUGAUUUAGACAUCGCUUUUUCUACUAUAAAUACUUAUGAAUUAACAUAGUGACAUAUAUAUAAAUAAAUACAAAAUAAUAUGACAGAACUUAAACUCUAAUAGUUAAUAUGUAAAAAAUUAUAUCUAUUUUUGUGCCUCUUUUCUGCAUGGCUAUGGUACAAAACACGAUGAAAACAAGCAAUCAUUAAUAUAUUUUUAUGUGUUUCGUAUCAAUGAUUUUUGUGACAAAAUCAAUGUAAAUAUUAUCAAAUAAUACUAAAUAUUUUUCUUAGUUUUCUCUUUCUUUGGAGAAUACUUAAGUCGACAAAAUAUGAGUAUUGCCACCUCAAUAUGUUAUUCCAAUGUCUCAUGAAAACAGGUAAUGGGUACAAUAGGAAGACUUAAAUUAAUUUUGUAAUAAAUUAUUUACUGACAAGUUCAUCAUUUUAAUUAUAUUCAAGAAUCAAUGAUUUACAUGUAAUUUUUAUAUUCUAUAGAUAGGCAAGUUAUUAAAUUACAUAAAAUAAUGAAUGAAAUUAACAAAGAAGCAUGUAAAAUUGAAAAGGUAAACAAAAUGGAUUUUAUCAGAUCAACCUUUUUACUUGUUAAGAUCCUUUUCUUUUUCUUUAAAAUUGAAAAGUACAUAAACAAUGUUUAUUUUAUAUUUAUUUCAAUACUCUGUGAAUUUUAUAGAAUUUUAUUAAAAUUUUUUUUAUAUAAUAACGUUAAUCGUUAUAUGCAUUGAUUAUCUCAAAUAUAAUCUAAACGUAGCGGCCCAUUUUGUCUAAACUUCGAUGAUGAAAGAAAAAGACUCAUGUGACAAUAGAAAAUUAUAAAAUUGUGGUUCUUCAUGUAGUUUGAAUAACGUAUUUUCGAUGGAUUUGCACGAUAAAGAAAAUACUACGUCCAUAUUUUGAAUGCGUUAAAAAAUGUAUUACCGAACAAGAGAAUUAUGAGUCGAAAUGACACGUACGAGUAAAUUUUCAAAAUUAAAAUUAUCUUAUAACUCUAUUAAAUCCAUAAAUAUUUAACUUUCAUUGUCGGCAGAAUUUUCAUCACUGCCAUUAAAAAAAUCCUUUUUUUUUUUUUUUAGCACAUACGAGACUGCGGGGUGCAAUGUCAUUAUAAUUAUAAUAAUUAUAGACGAGUUUUACGACAUUAGGGGAAAAAAAUAUUCUUGAAUAUUCAUCGGAGUAAUUCAACAUAUUUUCAUCUUCAUCUGUACAUUAUAAUUGUAUUGUUGUCUUUGUUGAGCAAUUCGACAAAUGAUUUAUGAAAAAAAAUAUAUAUAUAUAAAAUGUAUAUUAUCACAUUAUUAUUUUUUAUGAUUUAAGAUAUAGUAAUAAAUCAACCACGUAACGCAAUAUUCGCUCUAUAUUCCAUACAUAUAUAAACGUGUUUCUUUUCUUUCCUCUUUUCAAUUUGUUUCUUUGGCUGUAUUGUUGUAUUUACUUUGGCGUGUAUGUGUGUGUGUAUGUGCAUAUAUAUAUAUAUAUAUAUAUGAAUCUGUUUUCCUUUGCGUCAUGUAUAUUUUAUGUUUCUCUUUUUUUAGUUGACGUAUUUUUUUUUAUGACCGUUAUCAUUGUUAUUAUUUUACGAGGAUCUAGACUAAUACACGAUUUAUGUAUCCUGGAUAUCAUAAAGAAUAGCAUUCAUUUAGUACUAAAGUAAUUUUCUUUUCUUUCUUUCUCAACGGUCAAGUUACGUUCGAGCCUGUCGAGCUUCUUUCUUCCAGUAUUUUCUAAGCGACUCUUCGAGAUUAACAGUUCGAACACUAACGGGUUUACCAGCAUCUAACAUUCGUUUUUUAAAAGAAUUUGUAUCUCGUAGGUGUUCGUCUAAUCGCUGGAAUGUUUUCCUGUCUGGAAGACGUCUAUUAGAAAAACGAUUAGAAUCCCCAUAUAGACGUCUUGCUUCUGCUGCAUUACAUUCGCCGAGUCCAUAUAUCAAAUGCAUGCCUUCCAUUUUCUAGUUUAAAUAAUUCAUUAUCACAGCAUCAGUUGCUUAUUGUCAGGUUGAUAUCACGAAAACAAAGUGAUAUAAGUCCUAGAACAUGUCUAAUGUACAACAUAAUAUAGCUUUUGUUGUAUCAUCUGCUCUUAGCGGGAAUAUAAACAGGAAUAAUCCUAGUAAACAGAUUGAAAGAUAUCGAGUAUAUAUACAAACAGAUCAAAUGGUUUUAAUUAGAAAAGAUCGAAUAAGUCACGUGUUUAUAUGAACUCUUCAAAUUGUUUAGUCUCUCCUGUCCAUCAAUGAAGUUGGUCCCACAUAUUACGAAUCAUAUAUUUUAUUUAUAUCAAAUCAUAUAUCAUGUCAUAUAUUAUAAAAUAAUAUAUAGACAUAUAUAUUAUUUAAAUAUAUAGAUAACUUAAUACCAUUACUGUUUUGUUAACAUUCUGUUUUAUACAACACUGACUAACGAGCUUUCAAUUUUUUAUAGUAUAUACAUAUAUGUGUGUGUGUGUGUGUGUAUAUUGCUACGCCAUUAUUUAGUAUGCGAAGCAUGCGUUAAGUGGUUGGCAAGAAAACGCGGGUUUUUGACAUUUUAUUGGAAAGAUAUUAUAUUAUUUUCUUAUAUUUUGCCAAUUUUGUUUUCGUUUAAAUAAUUAUUCUAGACGAAAUUGUAAAAUGAUUACCGAUUGUCAAUCAUUCACCGAUCUAAAUCUCAAUUCGUGGAUCAUUACUCAAUGCAAUUCUAUGGGAUUGAAGAAACCAACACCAAUUCAGCAGCAAUGUAUUCCGCGUAUACUUGCUGGCGAUAAUUGCAUAGGAUGUGCAAAGACAGGAAGUGGUAAAACUCUUGCUUUUGCACUUCCUAUAUUACAGAAAUUAUGUGAAGAUCCUUAUGGUAUUUUUGCUCUCAUAUUAACGCCUACAAGAGAACUAGCAUUUCAAAUAGCCGAUCAAUUUGCUGUUAUUGGAAAAUCAAUCAAUUUGAAAAAAUGUGUUAUUGUCGGAGGAAUGGAUAUGAUGGUACAAGGUUUAGAAUUAGCAAAAAAACCACAUGUAGUCGUGGCAACUCCUGGACGAUUAGCGGACCAUAUAGAAAGUUGUAAUACAUUUUCUCUAGAAAAAAUUAAGUUCUUAGUAUUGGAUGAAGCUGAUAGGUUAUUAAGUGGAUCUUUUGAUAAACAACUGAAAGUUAUAUUUCCAACUUUAUCUAAAGAAAAACAAGUUUUGUUAUUUAGUGCUACAAUUACAGAUGCUCUUGAUAAAGCAAAACAUCUUGCCCCUGGGAAGGUGUUUAUGUGGGAAGCAAAAGAUGAAUCUGGUAUUGCUACAGUAAAAGAACUUGAUCAACGUUAUGUUUUGUGUCCUAAAGAUGCUAUUGAUUCUUUUCUUGUAGAAGUUGUAAGAACAUUUCGCACAACGAAUGAGACUGGAUCCAUUAUGAUAUUUACAGAUACUUGCAAGAAUUGUCAGUUAUUAUCUAUGACAUUAAAUGAAGUAGGAUUUAUAAAUGUUGCACUUCAUGCAAUGAUAAAACAGAAAGAACGUUUAGCAGCUCUUAAUAAAUUUAAAUCAAAUCACAUAAAAAUUUUGAUAGCAACUGAUGUUGCGGCAAGAGGCUUAGAUAUAACUGGCGUAGAAUUAGUAAUUAAUCAUACGAUACCAAAUGUACCAAAAGAGUAUAUUCAUAGAGUUGGUAGAACAGCAAGAGCAGGUAAAGGUGGUAUGGCAGUUAGUCUGAUAACACCGUAUGAUAUAAAAUUACUACAUGCAAUUGAAAGUAUUAUUGGAACAAAAUUGAUUGAAUACAAAAUAGAUGAUGAAGAGGUUGUUACAAUCUUAACUCAGGUAUCCGUAGCAAAAAGAGAAGCAGAAAUAAAAUUAGAUGAAGCUGAUUUUUAUGAGAAAAAAAUAAUUAAUAAGAGAAAACAGUUACUCUUGGAAGGGAAAGAUCCAGAAGAAAUAGAUUUAAUUUUACAGAAACAUAAGAAACGUCGAAAAUUGCAAAAAAGAAAAACAGAAAUAUCACAUAAUGAAAAUAGAUAAUACAGAUUGAAUUACACAUUUCUAAUAAUAUAAAUAAAGUUGAAUGUAUAAAGUAUAUAUUAGUAUUUGAAAUAAUGAUUUGUAUUAUAGAAAAGGUACAAAAUCAUUCGUAAUUACGAAUUUAAUAAAAUUUACAUAUAUUUUAA